UUACUCAACAGAAAUACACCAGUAGCCAAUCCCGUUGUACCUAUAGAAAAACGUUGAAACAAAAUGGCGCAGUCCAUAAUUCGAGCCAUCAGACGAGCUGUCCCACAGGACACUCGCUGGUUCCUGUCUGUGGCUUUGCCGUGGUGUCGUGGUGGAUGUCGCAGCCAUCACGUAGCUUGUACCAACCUGAGAUAUGUGCCGCGGCGCGCCGUGCUCUACUGCCCCGGCAAUGACGAGAGGAAGCUGAGGAAACUGGCAUCGCUGCGCGGCCUAGACUGUGUCGUACUGGACUGUGAGGAUGGAGUGGCCCUCAGCAAGAAGACAGAGGCAAGGGAGACCAUCCCCAGGAUGCUGGCAGAGCUGGACCUGGGCAGGACAGAGAAGUGUGUGAGGGUCAACUCAGUGUCCAGCGGCCUGGCCAAUGCUGACCUACAGGUCAUCCUGCAGGCCGAGGUUCUGCCUCCAGCCCUGAUGCUGCCCAAGGUGGAGGACGCAGCGGAGGUGCAAUGGUUUGUUGACAGGUUUCAGCACCACUUGAAUGGACGAGCGCUGACGGAGCCCAUUCGCCUGGUCACCUUUGUGGAAACCGCUGUGGGCCUGCUCAAUUUUAAGGUUGUGUGUGAGGAAGUACGUCGUCUGGCUCCUGCAGUUGGCCUACACCAUGACGGUGUGGUGUUUGGAUCCGAUGACUUCUGUGCCAGCAUAGGUGCCACGCGGACCAAGGAUGCCAGGGAGCUGCUGUAUGCCCGUCAGAAGGUGGUAGUGACAACCAAGGCCUUCGGUCUACAAGCCAUAGACUUGGUCUACAUAGACUAUAAGGACGGAGAGGGUCUACGACAGCAGGCAAGGGAGGGAGUUCUCAUGGGCUUCACAGGUAAGCAGGUGAUCCAUCCCAACCAGGUCCAGGCGGUACAGGAGGAGUUCUCACCCAGUCAGGAGAGGGUCCAGUGGGCUACAGAACUGAUUGCUGCCUUUGACGAGUACCAGAAGCUGGGAAAGGGUGCCUUCAACUUCCGGGGCAGUAUGAUCGACAUGCCCUCAGUGAAGCAGGCUCAGAACAUCGUAACGCUAGCUGCUGCCGUCACGGGGAUGUGAGGCACUCUGGAAGAAGAUAUGGGGGAGGAAAGAACAGAGGAGUGAAAUGAGGGGACGGAAAAACUAGACAAGUUGAGAGAUGGUGAUAAGUGUCACUUUUAUGUAUACCCUGGCAUUAGCGAGAGGUGACUGGAUACCACCGGACACCCCAAACUCUUCGACCAGACAGGUUUGUCAGCUGGUACAAAGCACCAACAUUUCAGAAACUUUGCACUGGCCUGGUGUAAUAGUCACUUGAAUUCUAGAUGUUAUUGAUGUUGAAUUUUUUUGUUGUUUUAUUUAAAUUAAAUUGAUUAUUGUUGAUAAAUAAAAUGCAUUUGAUUAAUUUGUUCACUGAUAAAGCACCAAAUGUUUGAUAUUCAUAUCCUACGGUGUCUUUGUGGUAAGAAUGACAGGUUUAAGGUCGAUGUUUUAGACUGAUGUUAAUGUUGUCAAGCAGGAUAUUAUUUUACACUUUUCAUACUACUGACUGUGCCAAACGGCGCUGCACUGCGCUGGCCUGGUUGCACAUGCACCAUAGUUUCUGGAACCAUGCUGGAAAGGGCAAUUUGAGAAGAAAAUAUCCAUGCCAGCACAUUAAAGUUAGGGUUGGCACGAUGGUUGUGAAAAUACUAUUUAAGAAUUGCAGUUGUUUCAAUGGUAACCCACAUGAAAACUACUACAGUUUACUAUAGAAUACUACAGUACUUACUAUAGAAUGAUGUAGUGAACUGUUGUAUCCUGUAGAAUCUGUAGUAUCCCUCGAUCGUGUGUAGUACUUACUAUAGAAUGUUGUAUUAUACUGUAGAAUACUAUAGUAAAUACUGCAGUAUACUACAGUCUGCAAAAACACUACAGUAAAGUCAGCAAAACUACUACAGUAAUACUACAGUAUUUAAUUGCCUAUACCCUCCCCAUUCCCCUCCCGCCACCCAUAAGUGAGAAACCUACAUGCCAAGUAUAGACUAUAUUGUGUUCCCUACACGUUAUAGGAAAGAGCAGAAGCUAUGAAAUAUCUGUUCAGACCCCAGUCCAACCUACAUACAGGUUAUAUGGUUACAGGUUACAAAAUGUGCUCUUUUAGUGCUCUUUUAGUAUUUGCCUAAUAGGUUUCCUCAAGGAGAAGAUCCCCACUUAUAUGUCAAAGAUCAUAAAACAAAAGCACUAUGGUAAAUACUUCAUUAAUGUCUGCAAAAACACCACAGUAAAUACUACAGUCUGCUAAAACACUACAGUAAUUACUAUAGCAUAUACUACAGUAAACAGUAGGUACCACAGUACAGUCCGCAACAUCAUUACAGUCUGCAAUUACUAUAUAUGUUUUAUUAUUAUUAUUUAUUUUACCUUUAUUUAACUAGGCAAGUCAGUUAAGAACAAAUUCUUAUUGUCAAUGACAGCCUAGGAACAGUGGGUUAACUGUUAACUGUUAACAGGGGCAGAACAACAGAUUUUUACCUUGUCAGCUCGUGGAUUCGAUCUUGCAACCUUUCGGUUACAGGUCAAACGCUCUAACCACUAGGCCACCUGCCGCCCCUAGGCUACCUGCAGCCCCAAUACAACAGUGUUUAUACUGUAGUAAACUAUACUAUUUUUUUCAUGUGGUAAUGGAGCGUCCAGGGUUACACUAGGGGUGCGGGCACUUUUUGGCAGUGCGUGGGUGUGCGUGUGCCUCCUGCCUCUCCUGGGUCACGACAGAUGCUCACCCACCUCCAGGGUCCAGCUGGGGGAAAGGCUAAACAAACACAAGACACUGUUGUUCUUCCAUUCAGGCUGGGCACUGUGGGCACACACUCACUCACUCACACACACACACACAGACACACUCCUUCGGGCCCCAGCACUCAGCCCCACAUCAAAGCUCUGUUUGCUAAAGAGCCUUAGCACAUUUAGUUAUAGCAACAAUCUGAGAUUUUGCUUCAGUCCUGUCAGUAAAGCUGAGGUCUUUGUGUGUGGACUGGGGGCCGGUGUUCUCCUUGAAGGGGCCGUAUUAAUACGAUUGAACUGGGCACCAGGCCCUCGCUGACCUCCGCACCAGAGAUGCAUACAAACCACGGAUUCAAACGCUCACUAACAUGUAAAUACAUGUCUCGCUCUGUGUAUCAUACACAAACACAUAUUCUCUCACACACACGUUGACCCAUUUAUCGCGAAAUAAAAAAUGAACAAUUGUCCGUAUUUCUCUGUUUUUACUUCUCUCCUUCUUGUCGUCAGGUUCCUUUUCUAACUGCUGUUACACAGCCACUAACUGGGAACUGAGGCAUAAUGUGUUGAAUGGUUAAUGGUGCCAUUGGUGGCCAUGGUAAUGAACAGGCAGUACGGUGUGGGUGGGUGUGUGUGACUUGCUGCUGUAUGAUCUAUUGUGUCUGGAGCGGGCUCUCAGGUCUGUACCAGCCCAAAGCCAGACAAAAAGAUUGAAGCCACCACUGUGCCCAGCCAAAAAAAACAACAAUGAGCUGUCUCCUUGGCAUUUGGCCACAUAUCUCUCUCUGUCACCCUCACACCUCUUUCUCACUCCUUCUCACUUAUUUUGCCUAUCGCUCUCAUUUAGUUGUGAUCUUGUCAUGGUGUUCUGCUUGUUUUUGCCUCUCAUUUUCCACCUGCGAUUCGGUCGCUAUGAUUGGGCGACAGAAGCGUCCGGAGUUGACUUCUGCUUAUUCCACAAAGUGGCUUAGGGAACCCCCUCUGAAGUGUGUGCGUGUGUUUGGGAGGCCUGAGUGUGACUAAUGCAAGUGUAGUUUUGGUGGGACUUGAGUGUGACAGCUAAUGUCUUAAAAGCAGACCUGCAUGUGUUCAAAUAUAGUCGUUUAAUCAUUUCCAUUUCUUACAAAGAAAUAUAGUCCCAAAAGGACAGGCUGUUCUGAAAGCUUAAUAUAACUGUUAUGUAUAUGUUUGUCCGAGCCUCAACUAUGAAUGGGAAUAUGACACAUAAACUUGGUUCUGUGUGUUUAGAAAAUGUCGUUUUCUAGAAGAGCAUUGGCCAUACGGUAAAACUUCUUGACAUGUUUAAAUGAUGCAUUGUUUCUUGGGGAGACCCUGAAGCAGUGGGAGAGACCAAUGUUGACAUUUCCAAUGGCACUGGGUGUUCCCACAUUUAUACUGUAUCAUAAACGUGCCCAGCACCCCCAGGCAUGCACCCCCAAAAUUCAACCCCGAGUGGCAUAACCCAUCAAUUCUCUGAAUACAGCAGCCUAUCAAGUUGUUUGGCCUGUACCAGAGUUCCAUGCUACCCUGUCUGUGCCCUGUGUCUGUGCCCAGGAACGGCUAUAUCUGGUGGGGCUAUUCUCCACCCAUGUCACCCCUUCGGUGGAAGUAUAAAACAGAUAUUAAUUCAAUGGACUGUCUUAGCACAAUAUUGACAGCAUUGUCAUAGCACAUCAAAUUAUACUUGGCUGCAGAAUAGGCCUGCCAUUCAAGCCUAUGUGUACACAGCAUUGUUGGAGACAUUUGGAUCUGAGUUGCAGGUCAAGGGGGUAUGGAGAUCCACCUGGUGUUGAAACGUCGCUAUGUGUUUCCGUCUCAGUACAAUAACCGUAUAGUCUGGGAUCCGAACUGAAUCCAUUAUGUUUAACUGAAGUUUAACGGGAGUGAAAUGGAGUGUUAUUCAGUUUGUAUUCCGGGCUACAAUAUGCAACAGUACCCUUUUUCAGGUCAGGUGGCUUCGGCCAUUGACCUGUCUGAAAGUUUAGUCAGACAAAUCAAUCCUACCUUUAGGGCUACCUUGUUUCACACUGUUUAACUUACCACUGGUUGUAAUUUUGGUGUGUGAUUGCAUUUAUUAAAUGUCCCUCCAUCACUCCUGCCUAUCUAUCCAGUGUAAUUCACCAAGACAUGUCUUUAAUGGAACUGACAUAAUCUUCUCAGCCCUGGCAAUGACAGAUGUGUUUAAAUAUAUUUUGCUGGUAUUCCCAGAGAGAGUCAAUUGCAAUUAACACGAUUAUAACCUCACUCAACAAAAUGGAGAUGGGAAUCCAUUAGGCUGGGAGGCUGUUUUCAUAGCCCCAGUUAUGUUGAUCGAGAUCGCUUUCAUCAAUUAUGACCAUAUGACAGAGAAGAGAACAUGCUUGCAAAACAAUGUCAGAUGAACAUUUUAAAUGAAAUGUUUUACAUAUUUUUCCAUUAAUCUUGAUGGUACCCGGGUGGCUAAUGGCGAAGAUUUGCCCAAAUACGGACUUCGUUAUUUUAAUAGUGUGCUAAUGACAAUAUGCAACACAUUAAUUUCCACAAAAGAGCAUUCCCAUGCAAUAAAACAACUAGUGUAAAUAAUAGACACUAGAGUCUUUGACCACACAGUUUGACAAUUAAAGUCUUAAUAAAGUGAUUUUGAGGCAUUUGUAGCAUAAUGAUGAGUUGAUGAGGCAAUGUUACAUGUAAUGUGAUUUAACUCGUUAACUCUCCAAUUAGACUGUAUUCAGAUUUCCUAUCAUUUACUGCAGGGCUGCCUUUUUUCAGUAUCAACUCUUUUGAGAUACUAUAAGAAGUCUCCUGAGAAGACUAGCCUACUAUUACACCUGUCUCUCUCAUUUUCAUCUGUAAGUGAGUCGGUUAAAGUUCUCAUUUGAUGUAAUUUUUGCAGAGAUAAUUGUCUUUUUUUUACAUUUUGAAGGCUCGAAAAAUAUUUCCAUUUAGAAGUAGCCUAUUUGAACAUAAUGAUAAGGUUUUCGUUUUUUCAUGUUAUUUGUAUUUUGGAAAAAUGUCAAUGUAUCUGUGUUUAUAUUAAUCAAGAGUUUUAAAUUGAUGAAUAAUUACUGGAAUAUUGUUUUUACAUGAAGACUCUUGGUUCAAAAUGUGUGUGAUGGGCGUGUAGGUGUGACAGUGUAAAAUGUU